GUGUAAUUGCAUUGCCAGUGUUCAUCCCCCAUCCAAGAUCACGUGCCCCUGUUCCAAAUCCAACCAACUGGCAAACCCAUCCCCAUUCUAACAUACACAAUGACCGACCCCCUCCCCUCCAUCCUAACCCAAGAAUCCUGGUUCUGGGACCCCUUCCAUAGCAACGAAAUCAAAUUCCACCCCGACGGAACCGGCGACCUCCUCUGCCGCUACGAAACCCAAACCUGGAUCAUGGCCCAAUUCACCUGGACCCUUUCCCAGCAAACCACCAACACCAGCACUACCCAAUUAACCCUCCCCACCACCUUCCCCAUAACCCUCACCCUCACCAAGUGCCUCAUCCCAGGUUCUCACAUCCCACCACAUAUCCGAAUCAACGAAGCCCUACUCACAGACGAAGCCUUCCGUCCAAAAACCUACACAGUCAGAUUAGAUAAAGGAACAUUCAUAACCCAGCACGACGUUACAUAUGCAACUAGAAAAUACGAUGCAGCGAGGUAUUUCCACCGACUGGUCUUUGAUAAGUCGCCGUACCCGCCACCAGAGGAAUGGAAGGAGAUGAGUGCCUCGUUGGAGGCGUUUAGGGUGUGGGAGUGGACGGAGUUUUGUUCCAGAAAGGUGGAUAGACAAUUAGGGGUGGUGGGGGAGAUGUGGGGAGGGUGA